AUGCCAUCUGCGAACUGCUUUCCAGAAGGCAACCAGGAGCCUGUCAAGCAACUUCACCCAGUGUUGCAGCCGCCUCCAGGACUGCCGCCACCAUCGCUCAAGACGCCGUCGAGUGCCAUUCUUGAAGCCCUGGCACGGGUUCAAGCAGAUUGUGCUUCACAGGCACUGGAUGCUGCCAUUCUGGCUGCGACUGCGAAGCCUUCAAUGACGCAUUCACGCCAAAACAGCAAGUCGUGGUGCGAGUCCUGGUCCCAGGCUUCCACGGCUUCGGAGGAGCACACAGCUGUUAUGGCGGAUUGGGGCCGAACUUUCAACCCGGGCAACCUGCAUAUGUCACACCAGCAGCCCGAAGGUUUCCGACUGCCUGU